CAUUCAUUGUGAUCAGCCAAUUGAAGAAGCAGGAACAACUUGCAAAAUGGCACAUGAUGGAAUGUCUAGAGAGGAAUAUGAGGAAUACCAGAAGCAGGUGGUGGAAGAGAAGAUGGAGAGAGAUGCAGAAUUUGCUGGAAGAAAGGCAGAGAGGGCUUGUCUGAGGACGUGUUUAAGAGACAAAUAUCGACUUCCAAAGAGUGAACAGGAUGAGAUCAUGCUCCAGCAAGCUGGAGAUGACGUUGAUAUUCCAGAGGAACUGAUAAAGAUGAUAGAUGGCGAGGCCCCACAGGAAGAGGAAAAGGGCUCUAUAAUGGAUCAGAUGCAGAAUCUUCAAAAUAUGGACAUGGAGCAGCUGAAAGAAAAAGCUCAGGCCACAAUUGUGGAGAUAAAAUCCAAGGCUGAAGAAAAGUGCACUAUUAUGUAAUGUGUGAGAAGAGGCCAUUAAAAGUGUGAUAGGUCAAAUAUAAAAUUUGAAUCUGUUGUCUAUUCUUGAUGACACACAUUUGCUUUACUUGUAUAAGUCUAAAACUAUUAAUUUGUCAAUCCUUUCAAUUUGUGAGUUUUUCAUUUGGUUCCUCUGUAUGUUUUUUUUUCUUUUUAAUCGUCUUUUUUAUUUUAUUUUAUUUCAUUUCUUAUUCUCUUUUUUUUUAAUCAAAUUUUGAUUUGGUUGCUUAUCGCAUAAAGAAGAGUGUAACUUUUGUAUGCUAAAAUACUUUUUCCUUUUCCAGGUUAAUAUGCAUAGACAACCAUAGCUAAAUAAUUUGUGGGCUGAUCCUCCGAAAAGUGUAAACACUGUGGCACUUUCAACACAGUUUUUUUUUCUGAGCAUCCCCAAACAGCCAGACACAGUAACACUGGCUCAACAAAUGGCAUGCGUUUGUGGUGGGUAAUGCUCAGGACACAUUUUUAAUGCCUAUGUUUGGAAGAUCAUAUCUGUAUCUAUAUACUGCAUAAAUAGUACAAAUAGUAUGGUAAUAUUUGAUUUCAAACUUAGCAAAUAAAUAUUGGUGACUCUAGUAGCACAGAAAUUACACACAAAGUCAGAUUUCAGAGUUGUGAUCAAUAUUCACACUCUAAAUGAUAUCCAUGACAUAUGAUUUAUGCACUUUCUAUUUAAAAAUAAAGGUUAUUUUGUCUAAAUGUCUGUUUAAAGGUACAGUACAUGAGCAAGACAUUUUAUGU